AUGCCGAGACUUGACCGAUGGCUCCCGGACCUUCCUGGGCUUUUGGUCUUUUCUGCAGCUCUCCGAGUUGCACUGAUCCUGUACAGCGAAUGGCAUGACGCCCGUUCAGAUGUCAAGUACACAGACGUAGACUAUCGAGUCUUCAGCGAUGCAGCCAGUUAUGUAUACGGAAUGGGUGGCACUGUUGCCGCAGGCCCGCUAGCCCAUUGGCUGGGUAUUCGUUUCGGCAGUCCUUAUGACAGGGACACCUAUCGAUACACUCCUUUGCUUGCAUUGCUUGCUACACCCAACGAGUUUAUCCACAAAUCUUUUGGAAAAUAUCUUUUCGCCGCCUGUGAUAUACUCAACGGCUUCCUUAUCUACCGAGCAACGUCUGGUCAUCCAUCACGGUCAUCCCUUGUCCAGCGAGUACCAGACACCUCCACAUACCAGGUCAACCAAGUGGACGAUAACCAACCUAACAUUAAACGUCGCGCAAUACUAUUUGCUGCCAUUCAUCUUCUCAACCCUAUGGUCUUCAGUAUAUCGACACGCGGAUCUUCUGAAUCCGUUCUUACGACCUUCGUUCUCUUAACCCUUGUCAGCGCCUUGGAAUCGCGGUGGGACGCCGCCGCUAUUUAUCUCGGACUCAGUACGCAUUGGAAGAUAUACCCUGUAAUCUAUGGCGUUAGCUGCGUUGGUGUUCUAGGGGGCCAGGUUCCGUCGGCGCAGGGUUGUCUUCGCCGGUUUGUCAACCACCGGACGUUGCGUUUCACUGCAAUUAGUGCGGGCACAUUCUUCGCAUUGUGCGGUGUGUGUUAUUCCAUUUGGGGUUACCCCUUCCUCUACGAAACAUACUUAUAUCACCUCCACCGGCUCGACCACAGGCACAACUUCUCGCCGUACUUUUACUCGAUAUACCUUUCCUAUUCGUCUCCCAUAGACUCAACCAUAUCAUCGUUUCUAUGGUCUCCUUCUCUCAGCCUCAUACCACAACUUGGGUUAGCUCUCGGCUCAGGCUUCGUGCUCGGACAAAAAAUGGUUGACCUUCCCUUUGCGUGGUUUGUGCAAACCUUUGCAUUUGUUCUAUUUAAUAGAGUCUGCACGUCACAAUACUUUCUCUGGUACCUCGUUUUCAUUCCGUUCUUUGCUUACCGUUUGAAGUUGUCGUCGAGGGCAGCUGGCGCAUGCGUAGUUGUGUGGGUGCUGACUCAAGCAUUGUGGCUUAUGGAAGCCUAUAAACUUGAAUUCCUUGGCGAGAACGUAUUCCGCUCUCUCUGGGCGAGGGGAUUAAUAUACCUGCUGGGAAACGCCUGGGUUUUGGGUGUGCUUAUCGAAGGGUACACGGGGAAUGCCACGUAGAUAUUAAACAUUCUUUACUACUUCUAAUAUUUGUUUGUGGCAGCCGACCACUGUAGCAAAGAUAACAUUUGCAAGAAAACUAAGUGAAAGUCAAACAUCGACUGCAUGGUCCACGUGCACACCGUAAAAAACAACCUCCGGUCCAAAGCGC